AUGCUGAAGGAAUGGCUUCGAGGAAAGCAGAGCGAAGAACCCGUUGCGCAAGCGGAACCAGUGAAGCGAGGCGCACUGGGUGUCGAUGUCGAGUCCUCACUAGAGCCUUCACAAGAGGAGAUCAUUGCACAGCGUGAGGAUGCCUUUCGAAGGAAACUGGCAGCUAGCGCCAAAGAGGGCCCACCAUCGCCAGGAAAAGUGGUUGCAUAUGACACGCUUCUCCGCCCCUUGCAAAGGCUUUUGCUUGAUGGAAAUGCAGCAGAGACGCAGGAGGGUCUCACAAUCAGCGUUGCCCGCAAUGCGCAGAACGUCAUGAUGUCUACCAAGACAAUGCUUGUAUCUCCACAGAUGUCCAACUGGGAGUUAAGUCUACAAAUGAACGGGUUCAGCGACAUUGUCGUGGCGACGUAUAAUACGCUCAGUCGGUGGAGUUUGAUGUACCAGCGUGUGAGUUCAACAGGAGCACUGCUCUUCGCGCAGUGCAUGGCGCAACGACAACAAGGGAUGACACAAGGCACCGUGGUCGGUAUGAUUCAAUAUCCGUGGGUCCAAGGAGGCUGUACGCAGGUACAGUACGUGAAGGAUCAGUCAUUUUCAGUGAGUCAUGCCCAGCGUCUCAUUAGGGGAUUCUACCUGGGCUCGAAUCUUUCAUGGGAUGCGCUGACUAAAGGAACAUCGCUGUCAUAUGCGGGAUGCAUAACAAAUCCCUCGAAAACGGGUUCACUGGCUGCGGAGUGGUCCCCCUCCAAAGGUGAAUGGAAGGUGGGGCUCACGCGUAGCGACUGGGCCAGCGACGUCGAGUUCGCGAUGCAGUUAGAAUACACGAAGAAGGGGCAGAGCGGCUUGAUGGGCCUUUUGAGCUUUGGCACAAAGAAACAGUUCGUUGGCGGAGGAUCUGUAAGCACGGCCAUGCUCGGAUUUUCACAGUUGAAGGCGGUUGUGGAGGUUCCCUUUGGUGGUGAUCGCAGUGGUUUCAACCAGUUUAUGUGUAUGUACAAUGCGUUGUACGACAUUCACUCAGGAGGUUUGAAACAUGGUGUGGUAUUCACUGCCUAA